GAUGCGACGUCGAGUCAGUAUCGCGUCAGUCCUCCAGUGGAAUUGGUCAGUGAUCUGUGUCAGAGCAGGGCCAGUCGUCACUCUCCUUUUCUCUCUUUCUCUCUCUCCCCCUCUCUCUCUGCUUCGGUCCGUCUUCAACGUGUUUCGUCCGGCGCACGUCGAGGUAUCGGUGGUUUCGCGCGAUUGCUCCGUUUUGGCUUGUUCGCGAUCGCGUACCGUCUCGUUGCCGCGAACUCACGCCCGGCACCUAUCUUAGCAUACCUAUAGGUUAAGCGUACGUACGUGCACGGUACACAUACAGUAAUACUACAGUGCUACAGUGGAGUUACCAGUGGGGAAAACAAAAAUUAGUUUGCAAGCGGACGUGCCUCACGGCGACCGUCGUCCACCACGUUCUGGAUCGUACAACGACAGCAGGAACGACAGGAAACCCUGCGGAUCGCCCACGAGGGGAGAGCAUCGAGAUUGUCGGGUCAAGACACAUAGGGCGAAAGGAAACGAUUGCAGAUGGAGCAUAGAGGCUUGCCGUCCGAUCAGCAGGAGUAUCAGUAGCGGUCAGCGAUCCUUGGGGCCCUGAGUGGGCCCUCUCGACGUUCCCGUCGGUGGCAGGGCCCGCGCUCGCGACGGUGGGCGGCGUUGUAGCGCCGCGAUGGCCGCGACGGACGGUCAGAUCGUGGUUGCGGCGGCACGUUGGGCCGAGGAAGCGACGUACCUGCGUGAAUUCGUGUCCAAGUAUCGUCUGCCGGCGGUGAUUAAGAUCACUAAGGGCCAGUACGGUGGUCUGGGAGUGCAGAGUACGGCCCUGUUGGUGUCAGCCGGACGUCGCCGGAAGAUCGUGGCACAAGCGGUGAAGAUCAAGGAAGGUCGCAGGGUGGUAGGCGUGGGGCCCAGGUUGGCUAUACCGGACUCGUACGCGGGCUACUUCGAGAUCCUGAGCGAGGAGGGCAGAGCGGUGCGCGGGAUCGAGUCGGUGAGCGAGCUGUGUCGAAGAUGCCCGGAGGAAGGAGCGCUGGUGCGGGAAACCGUGCGGGGUAUAGCCUGCAGAGUGGACGACGAGUCGGGCAUAGUCGUUCCCGAGGGCACGAGGCCCCUGGCUGCCGGGGAGACGAUCAUGACUGCCGGGGAAGUGAGUCUGCCCGGUCGCGGUAGAUUUCUGCGCUGCGUCGACUGCCGGGGCGAGAGCGUGCUGCUGGGCAUGGAGCAGCGUGGUCGUUUCAGCGCGCUCGCCCGCGAGGACAACAUCAGCGGCGUUCACACGGCCAGAGCGCUGCUCAGCAAGCGUCUGCCCUUGACCGUCAGACUGGUGCACGGUCAGCCACCCAGAGGGCUCAAGUCGUCGUCGCAGUUCGUGCCGGAGCUCAGGCUGUUGUCCACGUUCGAGGAGGAGCACGUGUUCGCGUUGCCGUUGCAGCGGGAGGGUGCGGCGGUGGCGUUGCCUCUGGCUGCUCCGUUGAAGCUGGUCAAAGCGAGGAACGAGGAGGCGCUCAGGUCGAUGCAGGAGUUCACGAGGCUGGUGGAGCGGGCAUCGCGUAUCGUCGCCGACGUGGCUGAUCGCGCGCACGUGCUGGACGGACGUCUGGGCGAGAGCAAGCCCUCCAGACAGACAAGAAGCGGUUCGGGCUUCCUCAGGCGGUCCUCGACCAACUCGGACAACGGCCCGUUGAGUCAUCACAGAAACAGCGCCGGCCAUCAUCAUCACCAUCAUCACUAUCAUAGCAACGGACACCAGGCGUCCUCGGGACACGCGGGAUACAGGGACGAGAACCGCGUACCUCCUUCGGCCUGCACGGAGGAGUACGACGAGAUCGAUCAGAUCUAUGACUACGUCCGCGGGUUCGCGCCGUUGCCCAAGAGCGUCAGGUUACCGUACGAGACCCCUUUGCCCGGACCCCAGGGCUCUAGCCCGCCUCUGACACCCGUCACCGUCACGGUAGCGCCUUUGCUCGACGACAGACCGGAACCGCCGCCUAUCGAGACCAUUCCGACCAAGAAGAUCCAAGCGGAGAAGAGAACGAGGCGCGCGGUCAAGGAGGCGCCACAGCCCAGGCUCGAGAAACCACCGUUGGCCAAACUGUACGUGAAGAACAGCGGCACUCAGAGAGGUCGCCCUUUGAUGAGGCAGAAGAGCGCGUCGCCGUUGAAGGAAACGCCUCCUGGGUACAAGGGAGGCUCCCCGCUUUUCAAUAUCCGAUACAAGAGCCUGACCAACCUUCAGCAGGCCAUGGAACUCGACGGCACUCUGGACUCCAGUCAUUCUGGAGGGAGGACGUCGGGGGACUCCGGUGCUGGUGCUAAGCUACCGGAGAAAAGAUCGCGGCGUCUAAGCAGACCACGCUCGCUGACGAAUUUAGUGUGGGAGCUUCGCGGCGGAAGUGGCCUUGGUUGCGCGAGACCGGAAACACCGCCACCAGCAACAGCCGCGCCACUGCCACCGACUAAAUGUGGACCACGUCUGGCUGUCACCGUGGUGGCACCCCGACGUGUCGGCACGCUCUACCUCUAACUCGUA